CAUCUCGGAAUAUUCAGUUCACACGAAAAAAAAUGGCUGCCAAUGCUGACGACAUAGGUAGUCAUGUGACCUCAUUGGGGAGUGAGGCGAGAGAGAGAGGGCUUUUCUCGGGGCUGAUGUUUGGUGAGGAGGUGAGCACCUCCUCUCUCUCACUACCUCACCUUUCUCUUCCUUCUAUGAAGUCGGGUGGGUGCGAUCGGCUCUGAGCGACAUGAAAUAUAAUGUAGCAUGCUCACCCGACCUGCUCAGAUGAGACCCACCCUGCUUUAGCGCAGUGUAUUUGGUGGUAGCAUGUGUCAGACAUGACGGGUGCAUACAAGUCAGUUGACCUGAAUCUACCCCAUUGCAGGAUGUUAGCAAUAAAAACUGAGAAGAAAUCAUCUUUUUUCUUAUGUAAGCUCCAACACCUUUGUUAAACAUUCUUAUCUUCCAUGAAAACAAAUCUUUACAAAAUAAAUAAAAUUGGAAGAAAACUAGUUUAUUUUGAUUAAGUCCACAAAUUCAAGAUAAAUUGGAGGAGAAGGGGGACGGUAGGAGCCUGGCAGUUUAGUAUAUGUAGCAGAAAUGUGAAAAGGUAGGAUGUCUUUAGUGUGCAGAACCUGAAGGGUUGGGGUGGGGAAGCUUAUUGAGAUUGUUAUGUCACCUCACGUAUCAUCCUGGGUGGAGUCAAGAGAAAAGUUACUUUCAUUUUUGAAUACCUGGCUUUGUGGGUACGAAGCGGACGUUCGCUUGUCCCAGCUGUCAGUCUGUUGUGCCGGAGAAAUAUAAUCCUUACAUAUUACAUUGGACUAGGAAGUCUUCAAGAUAUUUAUGUGGCUGUGCUGUGUUUUAUUACACGUGAACAGAUCCGUAGAUGUCUCAGAAAAUCGAGCAGUAGGUGGGAUAUGACUAAGACUUUCCCAGAGGUAACUCACGACUUCCUGGUUGUGGUUAGAUGACCAUUUGCUGCGUUGGCUUUUAUGUUCGCCGGGUAGACAGCUACCCGAAUAGCUCACAGCUGCCUUGCGGUCGUAUACGUUAGCCUAUGGCUACUGGCUCAUGGGAAUCAAAGCCUCCCUUACCAUGGUCACCACCGAACCAUCUACGGCCACUGAACAACAGCACAGGAGAGUCAAGCGUGUCGUCAGGGUCCACUGUGUCUAGUGGUUGCACUGAAAAUGAUCCCUUACCAUGGUCACAUCAUUAUCAUCUGAAGCCACUCAACGGAAGCACAGGGGAGAUAAGUCUGUCUUCUGGUUCUUCUAACGGCUCAGGACUCUACAGUAACCCCAGUUUUAGCAUAAACUUCCAUGGGUCAAGUCCGCCGAGUUCCGAUCCUUGUCGGAAAAUCCCGAAUACCUCCGACAGGACAGACUGCGAUGUAUGUAUUAGAGAGACUGGUGCUGCGCAAACAGAGAAUGAAGGACCGUCAAAACCACACAGACAAGAUUUUCUCCAACCGACGAAGGUUCAACAUCAAAGUGACGGUCCACUGCUUUAGAACUCCAAGCUAGGAAACGAAAGGCGUGGGGAAGAUAUGCAGAUUGGUUGUGAUGUAGAGAC